AUGCAGAGGCGCUCGUUCCUGCUGCUGCCUUCUCUGCUGCUGCUGCUGCCGCCAGCAGCAGCAGCAACGACAACAGCGGCAGCAGCAAUAGCAGCAGCAGCAGCUCUUGCGGGAUCCCCGGGACUCUGCAUGCAGUGGGGAAGAGAAGAAACUUACACAGAACACGGGGGCGCAGAUCUAGAAGAUGACAGCAGCAGCACCAGCAGCAGCAGACAAAAGCAGUUCUCCUGGGGAGACUCUGCAAUGGAUAUGACAACAUUAGAGUUUGGGGACGAAGCAGCAGCAGAAGGAAGCGAGCAGCCUGCAGCAGCAGCAGCAGCAGCAGCACAAGACGCAGCAGCGCACGCAGCAGCAGCGGCCACAGAGGCCUCAGCAGCAGCAGCAGCAGCACAAGCAGCCCAAAAAGCAAACGCACUGAUGUACCGCCGCAGAGUCACGCUGCAGCUGCUGCUGUCGCUGCAGGAGCUGCUGCUGAUGCUGCUGCUGGGGUUGGAAGCAGCAGAAGGGGCUCAUGAGGGGAGGAAGCAGCUGCAGCAGGAGCGGGGGGAAGCUGUUGAAGACGACAGCUGGUCAGAAGACAGCGACACGAGAUAA